UUUCACUCUUUUAUCCAUUUUCUUAUCCCUUUUUCAUUAUCUUCUUCUUCUUCUUCUCUUCAUCUUUCAUUCCAACACAACAACAACAACAAAAAAACACAACAACAACAAUGGCACUAACUACAGCAUUAACAACAAUCUCAACUGUCACACUUUCUUAUCCUACGCAUUUUCAAAAACCAAUCACAACCGUCCAUUUCCCAACAACAUCUCUCUCCCACCGCACCACCCGUCUCCGCCCCAUAACCGCCGUCUCCGAGCAAGUCGAAAAACUCGGAAACGAGAUUUCCAGCCUCACACUCGAACAAGCCAAAACCCUAGUCGAUUACCUCCAAGACAAAUUAGGAGUAACUGCCGCUUCAUUCGCUCCCGCCGCCGUCGCCGCUGCUCCCGCCGCCGCUGAAGCGGAAGCAGUGGUUGAAGAGAAGACGGAAUUCGAUGUGGUGAUUGAAGAAGUUCCGAGUAAUUCGAGAAUUGCGGCAAUUAAAGCGGUUAGGGGUUUGACGAGUUUAGGGUUGAAAGAAGCUAAGGAAUUGAUUGAAGGUUUGCCGAAGAAAUUUAAAGAAGGUGUUUCGAAAGAUGAAGCUGAAGAUGCUAAGAAACAACUUGAAGCUGCAGGUGCUAAAGUUUCCAUUGUUUAGGGUUUCUGAGUUUCAAUUUUUCCCCCAAAUUGAAAAUUUUCAAUUUUUAAUUUUUGUGUAAUUUCAUUUCUUAGUAAUGAUGUGUAGUUUCGUGUUUCGAUUUCAAGUUGCUGUGUUGUUGUAGUGAAAAAAUGGACUUAUUAUGAUAAACCAAUCAUUUGAAUUUGAAUGAUGUGAUAAUUUUAUUCAA